AUGAAGUUUCUCCUCUUCUCUUCGCUGUUCACUCAGCUCUUCUGUCUUGGCACUGCCCGAUUCGAGCCACCUCCAACUACCGCGGAUCCCAGCACAAUCAAGGACUGUACUUGGUGGUUCGUCGCCAAGGCUUCUGAUACCUGCGACCAGAUAGCUCCCUCAUACGGCAUUAACGUAGAACAGCUUGUUCGAUACAACCCCAUACUAGCAACAUCCUGCACCUUCGUGGAUGGCGCCUCGUACUGUGUCGAGCAAAACUUUGGCGUGCCUCCUGUGGACUCCCCGCCUACAACUGUUGCGAGCUCAACGCCGACGACGCUUGCUACUUCUACAAAAUUCAGCUCAACACUGCCGGCUACUAGUACAACUCCUGGUAAUGGCGUUGUGACGCCCCAACCAACUCAGCCAGGCAUGGUCAGUAACUGCAACAAGUUUCAUUGGGUUGCCCAGGGCGUUGUAUGCAGCCAGAUCAUCAGCUAUCAGAAGAUAACGCGUGAUGAAUUCGUACAAUGGAACCCUACAGUCGGCCAAGACUGCUCCGGUAUGUGGGCCAACGUGAAUGCUUGUGUUGGUGUCAUCGGAGGCUCUACUCCUUCACCAGUCACAACUAAGCCUACCACAACGACUUCUGUGGGCAAUGGUGUCCAGACACCUCAACCUACUCGGCCAGGCAUGGUAACCAACUGCAAGAAAUUUCACUAG